AGGAAAUCAUUCUUCUCGUUCCAAGUGUUUGAUUUAGUUUGAUUUUACAAACAGAUGUAAAGCUUCUAAGGCCAUCGUUUGCGAACCACUGCUGUCGGUCCUUGAACGAUUGCUGAUGAUAGAACACUGCAGUCUUUUUGGAUGGGUCAUUUAGCCUGCUUUGGUAUGUCGAGCAGAUGGAUUGGGACGUAGGGACGUAUAAUACAAACAGGCCUCAGUUCUUCUUUGAUCCCGGCUUGGUACGCAUGGGUUUCUUCGUGCAGUUCAAGAACGAACACACUAGCCAGAUAAAUCAGAAAUCUAAAGUGGUCCUUCGAUUUUCUUUCAGAUUCUGAGAUUUUGUGAAUAUUGUGUAAUUCUUCAAACAAGUUCCCAACACUUCUUCGUCUUCAUCAAAGGGAAUCUCUAUUUCGCCAGAGAGACUCUCCAAACUUGACGAUUGUUCAGCCGCAGAUUUCUCGGUGGAGUACUUUGUAAGGCUAAUCUUCGAAGAGCGACGAAUUUACGAGAAGAAUGAUGGUGUAUUUCUUACUCGUCGGUUGCAUCGCGCUGCUUGGCGUUCACGAGGAGUCGUUUGUCUCGGCUGCACCAUCGAGUGGAUACGGCUCCCUCGAACAGACAACCUCCGCGAAUCUGAACGAGGGCGCACAGGACGCGGCCGCGAGCAUCAAUAAUCCGGAAUCCGGCUGCCCGUGCUUGACAUCGGUCAAUAGCUCGACGAUCCCCGGACAAUCGGACUGGAUGACGCAACAGAACCGGCAGCAUCUCGAGCAGUUCUACUCUCAGAACGUGAUGUUGCACGGCAUGAUGUGCUCGUGCAAUGUGGCCAUGCGCGGCGCUCCGAUGAGAGACGAUUAUCGUUACACAGUAGGCAUCGGCGCGCACAAGUUGCACACGAGGGCCGCCACGUGGAACGACGCGAGGAAGUUCUGUAACGAGGAGGGUGGCCACCUCGCCAUCGUUAAUUCUAUUGCCGAGGAGCACAUACUGUUGGAUAUAUUUAAUCGCUCCGGACCGAUCAAGGGUGCGGUAUAUCCGAACGAGGCCUUCUUAGGUAUACACGACCUUUAUACGGAAGGCGAAUGGGUCACUGUGUUGGGCGAUUCGUUGGCGAAAACCGGUUAUACCAGGUGGAGCGAUAAGUGGGGCGGGCAACCCGACAACGGAGGAGGCAAACAGCACUGUGGUGCCCUAAUGAAAGAGGGUGGCAUGGACGACGUCGCGUGCGACGUCCCAUUUCCAUUCCUCUGUGAACUUCCGCUGAUGCGAGUUUUACAAUGAGGAAAAAGCGGCGCCUGUAAAAAUUAAGCAUCGCGUAAGGUUUAUGUGCUCUUAAUAUGCAACAUCUUUGUGCUCGCGUAACAGUGACGGCAUUCUGCAAUCAUCAUCCAUGUGUAAAAAGCAUUCUUAUCGAGAAUAUAUACAAAGCUACCUUCUUUUUGUAACAUAUAAAUCUCGCCGUUCUCUCUGUCAUUUUCUACGAUAGGUCACCCAUCAAUAAAAUGUCCUGGCUUACGUAAAUAUAUCUUGUAGGAAUAUAUCUUUCUGGUUUUCCUAGAUUUAUAAAAAAAAGUGAUCUUUUUUUUCAUAUAUAUGUGUGGCCUUUACACUGAUACAAGUACAAAAAAACAGACGGACUUGUUGAUUACUUGGUCGUGUUAUCAAUGUUAAAAUUAGCGAUUCUAAUUAGUUGUUUGUUUCUAGACAGUACACUUGUAUUUCUGAAGUUUAGACAUUGCAAGUUUCCGCGUUGUGAUACAACGGUACCAUUAUGAGUUGAGUUAUGUUGCACGAGUUUACAGUAGGGUGAGAAUUUUGAGUUACAGUACUACCGCAACAAUUCGUAAAUAAUAUUUAAAAAUCAACAUGUCAGUUUGUUGUUCUUUUUGUUAAAUCGGAUCGAAUGUUUUUGUCCGAAUCUCGUUUUUUACGAGAGCUUCAACCUCGCAUGUUGCAGUCAAAGUAUAACUUACGAACCUCCACGAUUUAUGUUUAUAGGAAAUAUAGCGUGCGCGCGCGCGCGGAGUACGUUUCGGAGAAUAAAGAAUUUAUAGAAGCAUCGAUAGAGAGCAAUGCAAGCCACGAUGUAAGUUGGUAUUUACGGUGCAGCGGUAUAAUUUGUGGUUUUUGAUUUUGCUGAAUCCUCACUAAAUAGCGUCUGAAAUUGAGAAGCGCGCGGAGAGAAUGAAGACGGAGCUAAUUCCAUAAUAUUAUGUCUGUGCUGAAAAUUACAGUUACAGAGAAACCAGACGUCGAAUAAUAUAUGUAUAGUGAAUGAUAAUUACUAUCUCCCUAUUAAAUACACUCUAUUAAGAUAUUAUAUGUAUGUGAGUAAUUAUAUGCUGAAAUUAUUAUAGAUAUGCGUAUGUGUUAUUAUCCGUUGUAUAUUAUAUAUUUUGUAUGUCUUUAUAGUGUCCCAUUUAAUUGUCUGGGAAUUGCCACGUAAAUCGACAUUCCUUAUUCCUUAAUUUUAUAUGUUAAGAUAAUUUUUUAUAAAAUUUUGUACAGAUAUAAAA